AUGUUAAAUGGGGACUUGGAACCUGGACUCGCCGUUGUUGCGACAUCAGUUGCUCUAUUUCUGGCCUUUCUUGGCAUUUUGACUCGCCGGUCUAGCAGGCCCCCUACUCCGCCUGGUCCCAAAUCUUCAUGGUUCGGCCUAGGUCGGCCUGAUAUUCCUAGAAUAUCUCCAUGGCGUACUUACAUGGAAUGGGGGAAUAUUUACGGCGAUAUGAUAUUCUAUCGCGCUUAUGGAGGUCCCAUUCUCAUUAUCAACUCGGCCAAAAUUGCAGACGAUCUUCUCGAUAAGCGCGGCGCUAUAUAUUCUUCAAGGCCAGUUCGAACCAUGACGAGAGAAUUGAUGGGUUGGAGGUGGUCCCUCGCUGGGAUGAGAUAUGGUAAUACUUGGAGGCGAUACCGAGGCCUCUUCCAAAAGCAUUUCCACUCCCGCGCUACGCCUCAUUAUGAGCCGAUUGAAGUGAAGGGAGUUCAGACCCUUCUCCGCAACUUGCAUCGUGCGCCGAAUGAAUUUGAGCACCACCUGCGCCGGAAUGCCGCAGCCCUCGUCAUGAAAAUUUCAUACGGUCACGAUGUCGCAGAAGAUGGCGAUGCGUAUGUUACUUUGGCCGAGAAAGCCAUGUGGUCCUUAACCCACGCUGGCAUAUACGGGACUUACUUGGUUGACUAUCUACCGAUUCUAAAACAUGUCCCCACCUGGCUCCCAGGUGCUGGAUUCAAAAGGAAAGCUUUUGAAUGGCGUAAAUUGUCACUAGCGAUGCUUGAACGGCCCUUUGAGAUGGUCAAACAAAGGAUGGCAAGCACUUCGUCCGGGACCGCGGUCCCAUGUGUUGCAGUGACAGAGCUCGAGCGAUCCUCCAAUUCGGUGAUAAAAACAGACGUCAAAAUGAUUCAAGGCAUAGCCGCGAUCUCCUAUGCAGGUACGAGUACAGAACCCGCUGACCUGCGUACAUCCUCAGCCGGCGCUGACACCGUAAGCUCUGAUACGGUCGCCGCUAUCCUGACGUUCCUCCUUGCUAUGACGCUCAACCCGGACAUCCAAUACACGGCUCAGGCAGAAAUAGACCGUGUUGUCGGUACUGAUCGCCUUCCAACUUUCGACGAUCGAGACCAACUGCCAUUUGUGACUCGUAUCAUGUGGGAAGCCCUGCGUUGGAACCCGGUCACUCCUCUAUCUGUGCCUCAUGCGACAGUGCAGGAUGACAUCUACCAGGGUUACCUGAUUCCGAAGGGGACUACCAUCCAGCCCAAUGUUUGGGCCAUGUUCCACGACGAAAGCAAGUAUCCAGAUAGUUUUCGAUUCGAACCAAAUCGGUACGAAGACUUGAAAAAGAAUGCUGAACUCGGUAUCAAUGAGCUGCCCAUGAUUGGCUUUGGCUUUGGACGUCGCGUCUGUCCUGGCCGUUGGCUUGCCUUGGAUAAUGUAUGGAUCACAAUCGCGUCCAUCUUGGCUGUCUACAACGUUGUCAAAGUCAAGGAUGACAACGGAAGGGAGAUUGAGCCAGCAAUGGAGUUUACGACUGAAUCAAUCUUCGCUUACUUUCAUGCACAUCGCAGUCGACCGGAGCCAUUCAAAUGCUCGUUCGCUGCGCGUUCGGACGCAGCUCUCGCUCUCAUCAAGCAAACAAUCGACGAUUAG